UUCUUAAUUCUAAGCUUGAUCAUUACCUCCUCAAUACAACAGCAAAAAAAAAAAAAAAAAGCCUCAACCCCUCUUCCUGAAGAAUUAAAGAUGUGUUCUUCCAAAGCUAAACUGCAAAGCAGCCCACAAACCCUCUCCCAGAUCAAUGACCGUCCUGUUCUUCAACCACAUAGCAACAUAGUUCCUCUUUUUGAACGUCGCAACUCGCUUAAAAAGACAACUAAUGCUCCUCCUCCUCCUGUUACUCCAAAUGGUGUUAAGAACCACAACAUUGUUGGUACUAAAGUCAAGACAAGUUCUUUAACAACUCCACCGGUCUCUCCUAAAAUAAAGUCGCCAAGGCAACCAGCUAUCAAGAGAGGGAAUACUAUUGAUCCUAAUGGCUUGAGUUCGAGCGCUGAGAAAGUUGUUACUCCUAAAGGGACUCCUAACAAAAUCCCAACUUUGUUAAAGAAACCUAAGAAAAGCAAUGGGGGCAUAGCAUCACCAAAUUCGGCAGAAAUUUCUUCAUUGAAAUAUUCUUCCUCGUUGAUAGUCGAGGCUCCGGGAAGCAUAGCAGCAGCAAGAAGGGAACAAGUUGCAAACGCGCAAGUGCAAAGGAAAAUGAAAAUUGCACAUUAUGGAAGAACAAAAUCUGCUAAGUAUGAAGGAAAAGUAUCUUCUCUGGACCCUUCCUUCGCCUCGGUUGCUAGCCCCAGUCCCCGAGAAGAAAAAAGAUGCAGCUUUAUCACGCCUAACUCUGACCCACUCUAUAUUGCAUACCAUGAUGAAGAAUGGGGAGUUCCUGUCCAUGAUGAUAAUCUGCUCUUUGAGUUGCUGGUGUUAACUGGUGCACAAGUUGGAUCGGACUGGACUUCAGUUUUAAAGAAAAGGCAAGAAUUCAGGGAUGCCUUUUCAGGAUUUGAUCCAGAAAUUGUUUCCAAGUACAAUGAAAAGAAGAUAACUUCAACAAGUGUAGAAUAUGGUAUAGAGCUUAGCCAAAUCCGAGGAGCUGUCGACAACUCUAACAGAAUUUUAGAGAUAAAGAAGACAUUUGGGUCGUUCGACAAAUAUCUGUGGGGAUUUGUGAACAAAAAGCCCAUUGCAACACAAUACAAGGCAUGCAACAAAAUUCCAGUGAAGACCUCAAAAUCAGAAACCAUAAGCAAAGACAUGGUAAAAAGAGGCUUCCGCUACGUGGGCCCCACCGUUAUACACUCCUUCAUGCAGGCAGCCGGCCUCACCAACGACCACCUUAUAGCCUGCCCACGACAUCUCCAAUGCGUGGCAUUGGCGACUCGACCUGCACCCCUGGCUCUAUAAUUUACCUAAUCAUCUCCUAGUUUAUCAACUACUCUACUAAGCCAUAGUUUUAAGUAGCAAAAAGAGUUGUUGAGGAACCUAGUUGAUUGUCUAACAAUAUUCUACCUUCUUUUUUUUUUGGGUGAUGAAUUUAGGUGUUCCAAGUGAUUUGAUUUGAUAAUGUAAGAUAUUGAGUUGGUUAAUGUAUAGAAAGAAUAUUUUAGAGGAGAAAGUAGGAAGGAAUAAAUGAUUAUGAGGGGACAGAUAGCAUGUGCAGGGUGGGCAGGGAAAUGCCUAUGGCACAUGCCAUUUGAUUUAAUUUUGUGGGCACUGACCGCCACCAUCACUGCACCAUUAUUUACUUGCGUGCUUUUGAACAGAGGCUUAUCUUUCAAGGAUAAGAUUCAUCAUCAACGUCAGUACAAAGGAGGAGCCUUUGCUUUCCCCCAUUAUAGGCCCUUGAUUCCUGUUGCUGCAGGGAAUAAAUAGUGGAUGAUUUAUUCCCUACAUCAUUUCAACUAAAAUGAUGCCACGUGCAGCACCUUAACACAAAAGGAAAAGGAAAAAAAAAAAGUUCAAGGGGCAUUAGUUUGGUUAUGUUUGUUGCCCCAUCGUGACAUGUUUGCUGGAAGCUAACAUGACAGAGAGGCAAGCACAAAGUGCCUUGCAGUUUGUAUCAUAUUUUAGUGUGGAAUUUUGAGUGUGUUUCUCUUUGGCCUUUGCCUUUUUUUUUUUCUAAACCUUUGUUUUUUCGCUUAUGGGGGAUUGUAAUAACUAUUAUGGAUUUUAGUGGUUAUCUAGAUAUGGAUACCUUUUUCUGGAUUCUGUUCAA